UGUGAAUCAUGCGAAUUUUGUUGGCACUUUGGGGCACUCUGUGCUUAUGGCUGGUCUCGGCAAAUGCGCAGGGAUUUAUUCCACCCAAUGCAGGAAUACAUAACGGCCGACCGCUGCCGUUUCCCAAUUCGCAUCGCCGUCAACUAAAUCUGCAGCAAUAUAAUCAUCAGAAUUUCGUUCAAGCCGGCGUCGAGCUGCCCAUUCCACCUUUGCAUCAACAGCCGCAACGCCAGCAUCACCCACACCAGCAACCACAUCAGCAGCAUCAUCAUCAGUCUCAGCAACAUCAUCAUCAGCAGCAACACCACCAGCAGCAGCAACAUCGCUUUGGCUCAUUCCCGCAGCAACAGAAGCAUCAACAGCCGCAGCAACAACAACAACAACAGCCAUUGGCACACAACAAUCAGCAGUUCCAGCGCUCCACCCAAAAUCAAUUGCAGACUGCACCACAAUAUCCACAGCCACCACAGCAGCAGCAACAGUUGCCCACGUCGGCUAGCAAUCUUGAUUUGCAUCAUCAGAACUUCUUGGACUUGCGCAACUUUGCUGGCUCACAGCAGUUGCCGCAGCGCCAACGCCAACAAUCCACUGCCUUUCCGGCUCAGACCUAUCAGCAACAGCAGCAGCAGCAACAGCAACAAUUGCCACAGCAGCAGCAACAACAAUUUGGAUACCAGCAGCCGCAGCAUUUUGGGCAGCAGGCGACACAAAAGUUGCCCAGCCAGGCUGCUGUGCCCACCUUUCAGACCAUACAACAACCGCAGCAGCAACAGCCGCAAUUGAACUAUCAGCAACAGUCACUUGCGGCACAGCAGCAGCAGCAGCAGCCACAAUUGCCAGUAGGACAACAGCAGCAGCAAUAUCAGCUCACUCCUCAGCUAGGCUUGCCACUGCCCUCAAACUUUAAUAAUUUACAAUCGACUGCUUUUCCACUGCAGCAGCAGCAACAUCAACAGCAACAGCAAUAUCCCCAACAGCAGCAGCAACAGCAACAGCAACAUCAGUUCAUCAACAAUGCACCACCACCGCAGGCAGCGGAUCAGGAAUACAAACAGAAGCUGAUACAGAAACACGAGCAGUUUGUGGCCAAGCAGUAUGAGAAGUCGCAGCACAAGGUGCGUCAGCAGCACGAGGAGUUCGUUGCCAAGCAGCAUGCGAUCAAGCAGCAUGUGCUGCCCACAAUUAUUACCCAGCACAACAACUAUGCACCACAGCCACAGUUUGUGCAACCGCCACGGGGUCGUCCAGUUGCUCAUCCCACGGAUUACAAUCAAUUCAGUAAUGCUCUCCAGCAAUAUUACAAGGAGCAUCCAACAACAACAACAACCACAACGACAACAACAACCACUGAGGCCAGCACCACGCCCAAAAAGAACAUCUACUCGCAGGUCAAAGCGGAGCUGGGCAAAUAUGGCACUCAGAAGUUGGGCGGCAAGAAACCCGUUAAGACAAUUGCACGCGAGGAUUUGCUGAAGCAGCUGAAGGCAGCGCUGUCGGAGGCCCCACAGCAGCCCUUAAAUGGCAACAAGACUUACGAUGAAAUGGAUCUGCUGCUGCCCAAUGGACAACGUGUGCAGGUCAUACGCACAACGGAUCCAAAUCUCGUCAAGGGACAACAGGCUUACUCGCAGGAUCAGCUGCAGGCGCUGCUCGCCCAGCAGGCUUUGGGCGCCGACGGCAAACUCAGCCUCAGCGAUGUGGCGCCCAGCAACAGCAAGGAUCUGGUGCUGCCCGGCGGCGGCAAAGUGCAAAUCCUGCGCUCACCCGAUCCACUGGAAUCCGACACGUUGCCCACUCAGGCACUGCCUGGCGGCGUCGAUCUAUCCAGUCUGGCUGCUCUCUAUGGUGGCAAUGCAGGCGAUAUACAGGGUGUUAGUAAUGGUGCCAAUAGCAUUGCCAGUUCCGCUGUGAUCACCUCCGACUCUGAUAGUCCACCCACCCUGGAGGAGCUGGCCAAACGCGGCCUCAUUCCCGAUGGCUAUGAGAUCGAAGGAUUGAGCUCCGACUCCGCGAAGACCACGGAAGCACCGCCACCACCCAAAAAGAAGGCCACCUAUGUCUAUCUCGAGGAGCAGGCCGAUGGCAGCUUCAAGAUUCAGGGCGUCAAAGCUAACGGUGAGAAGGAGACUAAACAAACUGGCGCCGAGGUCGAGAGCAUUCUGGAGCGCAUACGCAGCGGAGAGAUUAAACUUCCACCUUCCGUCUAUCGCCUGACCUUGCCCAACGAUGAAGUUGUUGAGAUCAAGAGCGGCAAAAUCAUACAAACCACCACAACGCGGCCACCACCCACCACUACUACCACGAUAAGAACUACAACCACCACAACGCCAAUACCGUUUGUCUCGCGCAACACGCCAAGCAAUCAUCGCCAGUACCAUCCGUCACGCACCUCCACCAGCAGUCCCAACCCCACAACCACCAUAUUCACACCCAGCACCACCAGUGCGCCCUACACGCCCCGCUUCACAGCUAUCUACGAGAGUAGCAGCAGCCCAGCCAGUGCCGUGUCAACCGCCAGCUUGAUCCGCACCACAGCUACUCCUGUUUACCACGCCUCGCCCGUAACCCAGUCCCCGUAUAUUGGAGGCAUCUCCACGCAUCUGCCUAUUGUGACAGAGCGUCUGUCAGAGAUUACAUACACGCCGGACAUACUGCUGCCCCCGACUCCUCCUGCUCAGUAUGCGGACGCCUUAGUGCAGGAGACGGAGAAUACUGAGAAGGCAGCAUCAACGGGCGGCGUCUCGGUGCUGUCCAAUCCCAGUGAGGAUCUUCUCCAGAUUCUGAAGAGUAAUGGACUGUUUGCCAUGGCCAAGUAUCUGCGUCAGAGUGGUCUGGAUAGCAUAUUAAACGAAACGGGACCGUAUACCAUCUUUGUGCCUACAGACAAGGCAUUCAAGAACCUGCUCGUCCAGCUGGGCGGACCCGAGCGUGCCGAGGAGAAGUUCCAAUCGAAUCCACGCCUACUCAGUGGACUGCUGUUGCAUCAUGUUAUUCCCGGUGCCUUUGAGAUUGCCACCUUGCAGGACGAGAUGACGGGCGUCUCCUUGGCCGGCACCCAGCUGCGCGUCAAUCAAUACAAUAUGCACGAUCAGGAGUGGAACGAUGUCACUCUUACCACAAUUAACGGCGCAAUGGUUGUGCUGAAUAAGAAGGACAUUAAGAUACCGCAGGGUGUGGCCCAUGCUGUGGAUCGGGUGAUGUUCCCGCUGCCUGUUGGCGAUUUGCUGCAGACCCUGCAAUCGGAUCGCGAGGGUCGCUUCUCCAACUUCCUGAAGAUUCUGUACACCUCGGGCAUGUCCGAGAAACUGCAAAGCAAGGGUGUUAAGACAUACACAGUGUUCGCACCGGUUGACAAGAGCUUCAGCGAACUGGACUCCGAUACACUGGAGAAACUCUACACGGACAAGGAAGCAGCCGAACAGUUUGCCAUGAAGCACAUUGUGCCUGGUGCACUCUUCUCGGCUGGCAUGCGCUUCUAUCAGGUGAAGGACUCGUUGUUCACUGGCAAAACGGUUGUGCUGCAAAAGACCUCCGCCGGCAAGAUCAAAGUGAAUGAUGCACAGAUGGUCACCUCGAAUAUACCAGCCACAAAUGGUGUCAUUCAUGCCCUGGACGGAGUGCUGGCGUGAAGAUUUUAACAUGCGAUCGGCCCCACUUUGGGGGGCCUUGUUAAUGCAGUUAAUGUAUUAGUGUAUUAAGUUUUUGGUUGCGUCGGCCAAUUUUUUUUGGGGGUAUCUUUAUAAUUAUAUCACAGACGAAGCAAAUUGUUAGUGAAAUCUUGCCUUAGAAAUCGCGAUCUAAUAGAGAAUUGGUGCAAAAGCAACAACAACAAUAGCAGCAACAAGAAAAAUACAGCAACCAGCAAAUGGGAAACGAGAGUAACACAAAGAUUGGUGCUUCCAUUAAUGUUUCUGUACUUUUUUUCUUUCGCUUUCAUAAACAGUCAUUAAAAAUAGAAAUAGUUUAAUUUAAGUGGAAGAGAAAAAAUGAAGAUGUGUAAAAAAAGUGUUUAAGAACGAUGACAACAGCGAAAAUGGAGCUACGUUAAGAAUUUUUAAUAUCUAAUUUAUUGUUUGGUCAUUAAAUCCAAUCACAAAAUUAUGUUAAUUUAGGAUCGUAAUUAAGUCGAUGC